AUGUCCAAACAAUGGACCCGACACUUUCAAUCAGCCGCGCGUAGGGCCUCCCACGCCGCGAACCCUCCUCCAGCUCCCAACCUCGCCGCCACCACCACCACCACCACCGCCGCCGCGAACCCUCCCGUCAUCCACCCCUUCAUCCCCCGCGCGACCUACGAUGUCCCCGCUUCCAUCCCGCGCUCCUACUAUCUCGGCCACCACGCCGCCGGCCUUCGCGCCAUCGCCACCCAGCUGUCCUCCAUCGGCCUCGUCCUCGAGUGCCGCGACUUCCGCGUGCCCCUGACCUCGUGGAACCCCUUACUCGAGCGCACCCUCACCGGCCCGCGCCGCCUCGUCGUGUACACCAAGACCGACCUCGGUACCGACGAGGAAGGUGCAGGAGGCGGUGCCGCCGCGCGCACCAAGCGCGCCCUCAAGGAGCUUCACCGCACGCGGCCGGGCGAGAGCGCCGUCUUCAUCGGCAAGGGCAAGAGCAAGACGGAGCUGCUGCGAGCCAUUCGCGACAUCGCCAGGGAGUACGACGCCCUGACGGGCUUGCGGACCUUUGUCGUCGGCAUGCCCAACGUCGGCAAGAGCACCUUGCUGAACUCGCUGCGGCGGGAGGGCAUGAAGACCAAGACCAAGGUCGCCAUCACGGGCAACCACCCGGGCGUCACGCGCAAGCUGAGCACGCCCCUCGCCCUCGUCCACGGCAUCAAGGACAACCUCGUGCCCCACGAGAUCGUGGCCGACUACCUGCUGUACAGGCUCAACCUCGUCGACCCCGCCCUGUACGCAAAGUUCUCCGAGCCCACCAACGACGUGUCCCGCUUCCUCACCGGCGUCGCCAAGCGCACGGGCAAGCAUGCCAAAUCCCGCGUCGGCUUCGAUAUCCAGGCCGCCAUGUGGAUCAUCGAGCAGUGGCGCAAUGGCCAUCUCGGCAGGUUCGUCCUCGACGACGUCACAACCGCAGCUAUCGAGGAGAAAAAGGCCGAGCUCACCACGACGACUUUGAGCAUGAAUCAGGCCCGCAAGAGGGAAAAGGAAACGCGGAAGCAGAGGGCCGAGGAGAAGAGACGCGGAGGAUGA